AUGUCACUCAAAGAAUUCAUCUCUCACUCGAAACUCAAAAAAGAGCUGGAAACAUUCUUUGAUAAAUACACCACCCUCCUAAUCAAUACUGGUAUCAAACCAAAAGAAGCAAAUGAUAUCGUCGAAAAGAAAAAGGCACUCAUCGAUACUCAAUGUGGUUACCUAACACCUGCUACCAUUGCCUAUCAUGUAGUAUUUUAUUCAAAUAGUACAUUGACCAAAUGCCAUCAUUGCGGAGAUGCUAAACAAAAACACUCGGUUGUGUAUUGUUGUUCUUGUCCAGCUAGGUAUUGUGAGAGUUGUGUUGCCAAGAUAUAUCGAGUGGAUUUCUUUUCAAUUGUAUCAAGAGACCAAUGGAAGUGUUUCAGAUGUUUCGAUAUUUGCACAUGCAACAAUUGUAAGAAUCCAAGUGCUAUAGGUAAUCUAGUUGCUGGUGGUAACAAUAACAACAACAAUGGUGGUGGAGGUGGUUCACCAACCCAUCAUCAUCACUCCAAUCAAAUGUCACCAUCGCUCCAAGUUGCACAUCACCAAAAUACUGUUAAUUAUAGUAACACCAAUAAUAAUCUACAUAACUUGAAUAAUAUAAAUAAUAGUAAUUUCCAACAACAUCAACAUAAUAAUCAAAAUAAUAAUAAUAAUAAUGGAAAUGAUGGACUCCCUCAAAAUCAGUAUAAUCAUCAUCAACAUUCAAUGAGUGGUGAUGAAUCUUUGGAAUACCAACACCACCAACACCAACAUCAACAACAACAUAAUAAUAAUAAUAAUAAUAAUAACCAUCAUCACCAUAUUUUUUCACAAACCAAUGAUUUUAUUGACAGAAACAACAACAACAACAAUAACAAUAAUAAUAAUAAUAAUAAUGGUACUAUGUAUCCAACCUCAACAACUACACCAAACUUUGGAGUAGAUUCUUCUUCCUCUUCUUCUUUGUACAACACUAAUGGCAACCAUUUCCAACCAUCAACAUCAACUACUACUAGUACGACGACUAGUACUACUAGUACUACAAGUACUACAACAACACCAGUACAUAAACCAUUGGGAAGACCAAGAAAGGUAGUUACUGCAGAAGCAAUUUCAAGUGACACCAAUAUCAAAGAAGGAAAGAAACGACCAAUUCAAAUGAACAAUGACAAACCAAAAGGACGUCCACCCAAAAACCUCAAGGAAUGGACAUCGACACAUAAAUUCUUUAUCAAUCUCAUUGAAUCGUCGAGAAAGGGAACUCCAUACCACAGCCUUCACAUUAAUACACACGAAGUACUGCCAAGUCUUAUCAGUCUCUACAUUGACAGAAAGGAAAAGUUUGGAGGUGUCAUGUGGGCCAAAACAAUCAAUCACCCACUACUCCCAUGUCUCUGGGUAAAGGAUCUCACUGUCAUUCCUCCAGCCACCAAACUGUUGCCUUCGUUGUGCAAUGGCAAAAAGAUCGUUGUUCUCUUUUUUGGUGACCAAGAGGAAUACGUUGGUAUUGUUGGCAAAAAGUCUAUAUUCAGUUUUGAUGAAGUCAACCAAACAUUGUUACUCAAGUGUUCAGAAGGACCACUCAAACAGCUGGAAUUAUUGUUUAAUAUGACAGAACCAGUCAUUGCAUCUAAAUUAGAGAUUGCAACAUUCAACUACAAGAAUCAAAUCAGUGAAUCUGAAGAAGGGUUGACUAUUAUCAACAAACCAGAUUCUGAAUCACCUGCAAUGCAAUUAGCUAAUCUUCAUAAUACUAUUGCUCCUCAUCCUCAUCCUCAUCAACAUCAACAACAUCAUCCACAACAAAAUCAACAUCAACAACAACAACAAACUGAUUAUCCAAUUGUAAAUGGAACUAGUCCAACAACAUCUCCAACUUUAAUGGCAAGGAUGGGUGCUACAAAUCAAAUGCCUUCCACACCACCCAGUAAAUUAAGUAGCAUCAAUUCAUUAAUUAAUAGUACCCUUAAUAACUUUAACAAUAUUGGUAAUAAUAAUAAUAACAACAAUAACAACAAUAAUAAUAAUAAUAAUAACAAUAAUGAUAUCAAUAAUAAUACAACUAAUGAUAAUGGUAAUGAUAAUAAUAAUAAUAAUAAUAAUAACAUACAACAAUACCAACAACAACAACAACAAAAACAAUCACAAUUUCAACCACAAAUAGAUCCAAACUAUGGCUUGGUAUUUAAUCCCUUUAAUAACAAUGACAAUGACAAUGAUAACAGUGGCAGUGAUAAUAAUAAUAAUAAUAAUAAUAUUUUACAAGUGAAUAGUUAUUCACAACAUCGUGAAAAGUCUUCUGGUAUCCUACCACCCUUUUUCAACAAACAACAACAACAACAAGAUACUGACCACCACCACCACCACCACAGUUACGACCAACAUGAAGAUGAUAAAGAAAGUCCACAACAAUCAAUUGCUGAUCAUGAUGAUCAUCAAAAUGAAGACCCAGAAGAUGGUAGCUAUCCACAAUUAAAAAUGGAUUUACCAAACUCUUAA